AUGGGAAACUCAAGUGAGAUUGUGUCAUUUGUGCUGUCUGCUUAUGGAAAUGUUGGAGCUUUUAAAUACCUGUAUUUUAUCAUAAUAUUGUUUUGGUACCUCUCUAUAUGUGUGGCCAACACAGUUCUUAUUGUGGUCAUACAUGUGGACAGAAGGCUACAUGAGCCAAUGUAUAUACUGCUCAGCAAUUUAUGCGUGAAUGAAAUAAAUGCCAGCACAUCGUUGUAUCCUCUUUUGCUCUCACAGAUGUUUUCAGACAGCCAUGAAGUGACCCUGCCGUGGUGUUUUCUGCAGAUGUGUUGUUUGUACACAGGUGCACCUGCUGAGUUUUGGAGUUUAGCAGCCAUGGCCUAUGACAGAUAUGUCUCAAUCUGUCAUCCAUUACAUUAUAAUGUCAUUAUGAACACAGAGAGAGUGCUUAAGAUCAUUCUGCUUGUGUGGGUUUUUUCAUUUCUGAUUUUCAUACUCUCAUUUUCAUUCAUCUUCAGUUUGAAGUUUUGUGGAAAUAUUGUUGACAAUGUGUAUUGUGACCACAAAUUAAUAAUUAAACUUUCAUGUUCAGCUUCAGUCCAAGGCUCUGUAUCUAUCAUAUUCUUUGUAAUAAUGAGUUUUUUCAUACCUUUCAGUCUCAUUUCAGUCUCUUAUGUGAAAAUUUUGAGAGUUUGUCGAAAAACAUCAAAAGAAAACAAGCAGAAAGCUGUGACUACUUGCACCCCUCAGAUCGUCUCUCUGUCAAACCUGUUUGUCGGGUGUAUUUGUUACUCUAUUGACUUCAGGUUUUUAGUUUCUCUGGUACCAGAUGAAGUCCGUACAAUCUUGGCUAUAUAUCUCCUCAUUUGUCAACCAAUGCUCACCCCAUUUCUGUAUGGAUUUAAUUUGCCAAAAAUACGGCAAUCAUGUAAAAGUUUUCUGUUUCUGAGAAAAUAA